UUAAAUAUGCAUAUGUAUAUAUGUAUAACUUGCCACCCAGCUAAGGUUUUAAAAUACACAAUGAACCAUAAUUGUGCAUACGGCGAUAAAAAGGGGGUUUAACUUUACAGAAUGCCUCGCUUCACGGCCACCCGCACUAAGACCGAAAAACGUGUCGAUCAUUUUAAGAUUCCUUGUCGGUUGUGCGGUAACAACCACGGAGUACGACUCUGCCCCAUAUACCGAGGGAAAUCCGCAGAGGAAAGGUUGCGGGCGAUUUUGAUACAUCGGUACUGUCCCAACUGUUUGUCGCCAUUCCAUCGGAUAGAAAUAUGUGGAAGCAAUGACCGAUGCCACCGCUGCGACGAAAAGCACCAUACCUCCCUGCAUAUUGAAGACUACGGCGAUCCAAGGGAAACGACGGAAAAUCACCCCGAUAACGACGACGGCUCUGACGGAGCGAUUUCGCUCUACGGUUCCGACCAAACGACGUCAUGGGCGAAGCAGGUAGAGGCAGAAGAGGUGGAAAGACGGGAAGAGAUAAUCCCUUCACCACCAGACGGCGGCUUGAAAACCCGCAAGAUUCGACCGCCGCUACAGCACGAACUUGAAGCAGACAGUCCCAUGCCAGCAGUGCUCACACACACACAGCCAACGGGCGGUCAACGAAAUGACGCGGAAACUAGUCCUUUUCGCUCAUAUCGGCGCGGAACCAAUUCUGGCCACCGAGAUGACGCGGAAACUCGUCCUUUUCGCUCAUUUUGGCGCAAGCGUAAUUGCAGCCAGCGUGAUGGCGCGGAAACUCGUCCUUUUCGCUCGUCGCGUUGGCAAGCAAUAAGGGCCGCACGACACCGACGUGGCGACCGUUCCUCCCUCACCAUCCAACGCAUUCCAUCGGGUGGAUUCCGGACAGGCAAGUUAAAAACAAUCGCGGUUCCAGCACCAAUAAUGCGCUCAUUCGUAGCCAUCGCCCCAACCGCAAUUGUACGAAUCGAGUCAGGCGGCCGACUUCAUCUGGUGCGGGCGUUGAUUGACUCUUGCGCCCCCAGCAGUACCAUCGACAGGGACCUAGCACGGGAGCUUCAGCUCGAAGUCAGCAACGCCCGCGCGAAAACAUGUUCCCUCGUGCUGCGAGGAAAGUACGGGGUCGCGGAACGAGUAAUUACUCAGGCCAGGCUAGUUACGCGAUACAACCGACUCAGCCCCGCGGCUAACAUCGACCCAACGAUAGCGACGCCGUUUCAAUUUAUGCGUCUGGCGGAUCCACAGUUCUAUCGGGCCACCCCCACUCGACUAACACUUGGCGCUGAUGUAUACGCCCAGGUCAUGGUAUGUGGCACUCCGCCAACAACGAUCGGCGGUUUACUGGCGCAAGCUUCCAUGUUCGGGCUGAUUAUAUCAGGAGCUCACCAAAUGUGACAAAAUAGUUAAAAUUUUAUAUUUAGUAUUCAUGAAUACAUACCGAAUUUAAAUAAAAGUGCAAUGAAAUGAUCAACCACACCUUUUUUUCCUAUUAGCUUUUUCUUCCAUUUUUCCCCGUAGCUAGAGAUUGCAAGGAGGACCGGAGAACGUGCGGACUAGAUCCCCGGGCAAGGACCAAUCUGCGGCAGAAUUCACAAAGUUAAAGAACAUAAUUUACAAUGUAAAUAAAUGUAAAUGUAAGGUGUGGUAGCUGAACCAUCUUUGAAACGUUGCUUAUAGCAAGGGGGCCGGUAUGUUUAGGCCUCCACGCUAAAUCAAAUACUUAAAGUAAAUUAUCGGGUGUACCACCCUAAUGUUAAUUUAACAGAUGCACACACAUACACAUUCGUAUGUGAAACAAGACAAAAAGAAAAACUGCACUUUUCCUGUCAGUGCACCUUCGUUAAAUUUCCCCUGAAAACGGAACUCUUCAAACCGUUUAGAGGGUUCGACUUCAGUUUCUAACUUUUUAAACUUUCUAUUGGAUUUCAAUCACCAGCGAUUACGGACGUUCCGCCACCACACCACUUCAUAAUCAAGGUAAUAUUGUAAGCCCCCUUGAAUUUUAAUAUACCUAUUAAAUAAACCGUCAAACUUAAUUGUAUUUCAAACUAAAACCUGGUGCUUUUGUUUUCUUAUUUUUCCAAUAAAAAACACUGGUGCACUUAUCGAGUCUAUACCCAUUAAGUCGCCAGGGUUUUUCAUGGUCCUUCGAGCCGGAUCUUUGCGGCUAUGUCAUAUUCACUAGACGACCAAAUCGUCUAGGGGGGCCGGUAUGUUUAGGCGCGUCUGCUAACACCAGGCGCCUAAAUACAUGCUAUGUACUGCUGCAUGUGCA